AAAAAACACUUGGGAGAAAUAUAUCUGAACACCCUCAUUGCAAAGUUACAAGAAAUUGUUCUACCAGACCAAAAUUUGAACGAAAGUGACAGCGAAAUCCGAGUUCUGCUUUUCUUUAACGGAACUCUCUUCAUCACGGCGAGUUACGCAACCUAACCAUUACGCACAACACCACCACAACUAACACACAAAGCCCUAAUCUGAAUUUUGCAUUAAAGAUGGCGAAUGUUUGUGAGACUUGUGGGGACGAAGGUUGGGUAGAAGCACUCAUUUUCUGUGACUCUUGUAAACUUGCCGCUGUGCAUCGCUAUUGUUGUGGUAUAACGCCGGUUCCUAUAGAUGGCUACGUAACUUGGUUCUGUUCCGACUGUGAUGAGAGUGACACUGCCUCUGAUUCCAUACAAGUUGAGCUUGAAGAUGUUGAAUCUCUAGAUGUGUCUUCUUCACCACCAACAAUGGAGGAGCAUGAGACCAGAGGAAUCCCUGGUAGCAGCAAAUCUAACGAAUCUGUCUUGGAGAUGAUUGGGAACGAAAAGAAGAAGAAAAGAAAGAUUGUUACUCACUCCCUUCCAGAUGACGCCAUUGUUGAGACCAUGGAGGUGUCUAAGAAGCAAGAUGGGUCAGAGAAUGGAGAAUCUGAUGAAUUGAUUGGUUUAGCAAGAAAUGAAUCAUCUGUCUUGGAGAAGAGUGGAAAGAAAAAGAAGAAGAAGAAGAAGACGACUGACAAGGGAGUAGAUAAGAAGAACGAAGAAGGUAGCAAUCACUUCUCGCCGGUUCUAGAGGCUGAGGGCCAUGGGCUCCAGGUUACUACUAGUGUUGAGCCUAUGAAGGAGUCUAAGAAGCGUAAAUGCUCAAAAAGCAGAGAACCUGAGGGAUUGAAUGUUUUAGUAGGAAAUGAAGUAUCUGUUUUGGAGAAGAGUGCGAAAAAGAAGAGGAGCCAAGAAAGCAGCAAUCACCCCUCGCCGGUUCUAAAUGCUGUGGAAUGUGGACAUCAGGAUACUGCCAGUGUUGAAGCUAUGAAGGAGUCUAAGAAGCACAAAAAAUCUGAUGAAUUGAUUGGUGAGAAGAGUGAGAAAAAGAAGAAGAAGACAAAUGAGGAGAGCAGCAAUCACACUGCACCGGUUUUAGCUGCUAAAGACAAUGUGGCCUGUGACACAGACAAUGUUGAACCGGCAAAGGCACAAGAAAGCUCAGCUAGCAGGAAACCUCAUGAACUGGCUGGGUUAGAGACAAAUGGAGCAUCAGUCUCUGAAGGUGGUAACUCAACUAAUGUGCCAGAUGACAACUCUUGUACCACCAGCAAAAAGAGAAGAUUAAGUUCUGGCAACAUACAAGUUACUAGUGAAAAUAUGGAGCUACCUGCCAUUAACAGUUCUUGCAAGGAAGCUGAAUCAAAUAUGCCUCAGACAAACGAGGUGAUGCCGGCACUGAAUAAUGGUAGAGCGCAACCAAUCUGUGCACCGGUGUGGAGAGGGUCGGUAACUGUAAAACAAGGGAACAAUUGUAGCAUUCAUGGACUCGUUGCUCAUUUAUCAACCUUAGCGUGCCCUAGAGUCUAUGAGAAGGCAAGUUCAUUACACACUCGCUUAUCUGCUGAAAUGCUUCCAAGGUUGGAGAUAUGGCCACCGAGCUUUCUCAAGAACGGACCACCUACAGAUGACAGUAUCGCGCUUUACUUCUUCCCUUCCCAUGAUAGUAACGGUGAAAAUGUUUACUAUUCCCUUGUUGAUGAAAUGAAGAAGAAAGAUUUGGGGAUGAGAUGCUUGCUUGACGAUGCGGAACUUCUACUUUUCACCUCUUAUCAGUUACCACUGCCUUGCUGGAAGUUUCACUCAAAGGAGUACCUGUGGGGCGUUUUCAGACGCAGAAAGACCUCUGGACAUAAGUCACUAGGCUCAAACCUUUGACAGUUUCUAAAUGGGAGCAAGUUUUACCACAUUUCUGGUUUUGGUUGUCGAAUUUUUGCUAGUUGGCCAGGUUCUGUAUAAAAUCUACAACG